GACGGAGGCAGUUGCCUGCGUCACAGCAGAGCGAAGGGCGGCGGCGCUUGGGUCUGGUAGGUUGCCGUAGGCCCUCCCGGUCGCCAUGGAGAUCAGCGCGCGCGCCGGGGCGCGUUGCUAGGAGACGGGAAGACGCACACGCGCGCGCGCGAAGCAGGUGCUGGCCUUCUCUCUUCCCCGGCUUUUCCCCGGCUUUAAAAAUGUCAGCUAGGAAUCCCAAUUUGUUUCCCAGGAGUUUUAUUGGUUCCUUAAACCAAACGGAUUACAGCCAAUGGGAAAGAGAAGCGAUGCCAAGAAGACCCAAAUUAAGAUUAUUCCUGCCCCCCGCGCCGCCUCCCGGGAUGAAGAAGGAGGGAAAGAAAUUCCUGCAGAAGAUACAACCCAAAAGAUCAGAGGACCGCAAGGCCUGGGCCCUGGCCUUGAGAGCCACCCCCUCCAUGAGGCACAAGGUGGGUUGGCACCAAGCCCUGACCGAGGAGAUGGCCAAGGCCAACAUCAAAAUCCUGCAGCGGCUUUCUAAGAGCAAGAUGACCAGCCUGGAAGAACUGCGGCACCAUUCCUCCACGCUGAUGGAGAAGAAUAAGGAGCUGAUGGAGAAGAUCCAGGAGACGGAAGCCGAUUCGGCCAGCCAAGCCAGAACCCUCCUGCAGCAAUACGACAUGUUUGGGCGGAUCAUCGCCACUCUCCAGGACUCCAAUCAGAACCAAGUUGGCGUAGCCAAAGCUGAGCUCAAGGCUGUGGAGAAGAACGUGGAGAAGAACAUGACGAAGAUGGACCUGGAGCUGAAACGGGUCAGCACCAAGGUCCACACCCUGCAGGAGGAGGUCAACCUCCUGCGGACGUACAUGGACAAGGAGUACCCGCUGAAGGCCGUCCAGAUCUCCUCCCUCCUGCGCAACAUCCGGAACCUGAAUGAGGAGCAACAGUACGAAUUGGAAGACACCGAAGAUCUGGCCAAGCGGUUCCUGGACUCCUUAGCGGGAAAAGCCCGGGACGAGCAGGAGCGCAUUCUGCAGUCCGUGGCCGACAAGACGCUGCUGCAGUAUCAGGACGGCCUGGAGCAGAUGCACCGGAACAACGUGGAACUGAGAAGGCAGAUAAAAGCGCAAAAGGAGGUGAUUGACGACCUGGUGAAAGAAGUGAAGGAGCUGCACAAGAGCAUCAUCGUCCUGCAUCACUCAGCUGGGGACCCCUACAGCACCAUUUUUCCUGACGUCCUUCUGCGCCGGCCCAAGUACGGCCUCCCUUUUCGUCUUCACGUCCCUUGUCGGGCAGCCACACGGGUUGCAUACAACUGCCGUGUUUCCCCGAAAAUGCACCCCGGAUAUGGAGGUGGUUCUCAACAUCCCGACGGAUGGCGAUUUCCCCUUGUAGCUGCGGGAAGCGAAACAGGAAGGAGAUGCCUGGAUUGCAAAAAAACCUUUCCGGGCUCCAUUGUUGGUUUGCUUUGGCUGUGUUUGGCCCGGAUUGGGUGCCGCAUCCUGGGCAAAGCCUAAUCUUGCUAAGCCUUGCAGCUGUUUUUAAAUUUCCUCGUCCAACUAUGUCGGGGUUUUCUCUUUUCUCUAUUAAAGGCAGCCCUUAUCUGACUGAA